UACACAAGUUGACCUUUCCGAAUAAAUUCACCUUGGUUGUGAAACGGUGUUAAGCGCAUACCUCUUUGUUUACACUUUGCGCUAGCCGCACCUGCGAGUAUGAUGGAUUGAGAUGAGAUCGGGGAGUUGGAAUUGAGCAGGACAGAAGGACGGACGCAUAUCGUACAACUGGCGACGAUUGGAAAACUAACGGAAAAGAUAUCGAUCACCGGCCAUCGAAAAAUUGAAUCGAUUGAGAUGGAAGAAACGAGAGCUGUUCCACCUUUCCGUUGCGAUAGAAUCGAGACAAGUAAGCUUGCUCGAGAAUGGAAAGGAUGGAAGGAAUCUUUGGAGUGUUACUUCGCGGCAUACGAUAUUACCGACCAGAAAGUUAUGCGAGCAAAAAUGCUUCACCUCGGUGGCUCUGCUUUACAGACGGUUUUCAAAAACCUCAAGGAUUAUGACCAUAUGCCGCUUGUUGCACUAUAUCCAAGAUGGUAUGACACAGCGGUGGAAAAACUCGAUGAAUUUUUCGAACCAAGGAAUCAGAGCAGUUCAGAACGCAGGAAACUUCGUCAAAUGAAGCAAAACACCGGUGAGAGAUUUGCCGAUUAUAUUAUCCGUCUGAAGCAGCAGGUGGCUGAAUGCGGAUUCGAAAAGUACGGAGCUGAGAUCGAGCAAGUUUUGAAAGAUAUCCACUUGACCGAUGCCGUUGUCGAAGGAUGCUCGUCAAAUGAAGUACGCAGAAUGAUUCUACUGAAGGACUUGCCUUUCAACGACAUUGAAGCGUUUGGAAUUACCCAAGAAAGUGUGGAGCAUCAACUUACAGAAAUAAAAUCAGCCCGCCCGGCUGCUCAUUCAGGUGAAAAUAUAUACAAGGUUCGAACCCAGAACCGGGAGCAUCGUACUGUUUUCAAAGAUGGUACUAACAGGACAAAGUCGAUGAAAACAUGUUUCAAUUGUGGUCGACAGGGGCAUUUGUCAUCAUCGCAGGUCUGCCCGGCACGCGGUAAACAAUGCCAUAGCUGUAAAAAACUAUGGACACUUCGAAAAGCUAUGUCGCAAACGAAAGCCGAUAAGAAACGAACCUUCUGAACGAAAGCAGAUUCGUGCUAUUGAAGAUGUUGUCAACGAAAAUGUUCCGAUUGUGACCAAAUGUGAAGAAAGUUCCACGCCGGAUAAAGUUUAUUAUGCCUUCUACUCAGGUAACGAAUCCAACGUACUUACCUGCAAAGUCGGCGGGAUUACAACGGAAAUGUUGGUAGACUCCGGCGCUGAUGCUAACUUGAUAAGCGAGGUGACAUGGGAGGAAAUGAAAACCAAAAGAGUUUUUGUGCACUCCUCAUCGAAAGGGAGUAAUCGUGUAUUAAGAGCGUAUGGCAGUAAUAAUCCGUUGACUGUUUUGGGAUCGUUUAUGGCGGACAUAACUAUCGGUGUAAAAACAAUUCGAGCUGAGUUUCUGGUAGUGAAAGGAGGGCAGCGUUGCCUCCUCGGUGAUCAAACAGCGAAACAGCUGGGCGUAUUGCAAGUUGGUUUAAACAUCAGUUCUGU